GUAGUUCAACAACGCCAUCUGUCCCUUUCACUUGCCGCAGGCUUCGCUACUCCGCUCACGUGCUGCUGAAUCCAGCGACUCGGCUGCGAUAUGAAGCUCACGACCUCUCCAAUAUCUAACUUUACGCGAUUAUGAAGUUGCAACCUCGGCGGCUUCUGCCGCUCUUCCUUGUUAUCUUAUUUUCUUCAUUGAUCUACGCGCAACAACAUGCAGAUGAUACGAGAAGGAGUCAGCAGCCUCUUGGCAACCUCAAGUCGACAUCGAGGAACCUCGACCCAGAUAUGCAAACAACACAAGAGAGUGAAAUAUAUCCUGGCGCACCUGCUUUCGCAGAGGCAACCGACAUCCUUCGCAAGAUCAAGUCGUCAGCAAAAAAGCCGUCUAAUUCACCCAGGCUGUCGGGCCCCAUAGACUUGACAUGGCACUAUGCAAAGCAGCUUUUCGUCUUCCUUUUCAUGAACACUCCGCCCGGACAAGAUGGCGUUACGUCGCAACCUCAGAAGAAGCUGAGCAGACCCCUUACCAACGCGGUGAAGUUACUCGAAAAGUCGGCAGAAAUGAAGAAUCCCGAUGCAAUUUUCCUCCUGGCCGAGAUGAAUUUCCACGGAAACUAUUCAUAUCCUCGAAACUAUACAGAAGCGUUCCGGAGAUAUCAAGAGCUGGCCUUUGAGUAUGAGAAUAGCACUGCUCAGCACAUGCUGGGUUUCAUCUACGCUACAGGAAUAGGAGGUGCGGUGAAAUCAGAUCAGGCCCGAGCUCUACUGUACCAUACAUUUGCAGCAGAAGGGGGUGACAUUCGCUCAGAAAUGACUGUUGCAUUUCGCCACCACAGUGGCAUUUCAACCCCGAGGAACUGCGAUACAGCUGUAUACUACUACCAGAAGGUGGCCGACAAAGCAAUUGAAUACUUGCGAUCAGGGCCACCAGGGGGUCAUGUAUUGUACAAAGAUUCAUUUCGCAUCGCAGAUGAGGAAGGUGGCGUCUAUGGUGAAGGCGCCAGUGUUAGCAGCUCCGGACCAAACGCUAGACAAGGAGGACCAAAUUCAGACGCAUAUGCUGCCCUUGAGGAUGUCCUAGACUAUAUCGAGCUGAUGCAUAAAACCGGAGAUGCUAGAGCAACGUUCAAUCUAGCGAAGACGUACUACGACGGUGCCCGCGGCCUCAAGCCUGAUUAUCGAAUGGCCAAACAAUACUUCUACAGUGUAGCUCGGCUCCUAUGGCAAAAAGAUGGGAAAUUGGUUGGUGAUGUGUCUCCACAAGCCGAGAAACUUGCGUCUAAGGCAGCUGGCUACAUUGGGCGGAUGUAUAUGCGUGGCGAAGGAGUUGAGCAAAGAUUUGACAUUGCCCAGACAUGGUUCAAGCGUGGGGUCUCCAAUGGAGAUGCACUGUCUCAAUAUCACAUGGGGCUGAUGUAUCUUCAUGGCUGGGAAGUUCCCCAGGACGCAGUCAAAGCUGCCGAGUAUUUCCUUCCGGCAGCGGACCAAGACCUCGCAUCAGCCCAGGUCAAGCUUGGAGCUCUAUUUCUUGAUCAGGGAGAUGUCGUCACAGCAUCGAAGUAUUUCGAACUUGCCGCUAGAAAUGGCCAUAUCGAAGCCUUCUACUACUUGGGUGAUCUAUCACUUCAAGGCGUUGGUCGUGACAAGAAUUGCGGGAUGGCUGCCGUGUAUUACAAGAUUGUAGCGGAGAAAGCAGAGUCGAUUCAUUCAUCAUUUGAAGAAGCCAACGAAGCAUACGAAGUAGGAGAUCUCCAGACGGCUCUCGUAGGCUAUAUGAUGGCAGCAGAACAAGGCUUUGAGUCCGCGCAGGCCAAUGUUGCCUACCUUCUUGACCGUGCUCAGCAUUGUCGCUCCUGGGAAGAUACCCUCUCCUGGGCUAAGAAGAAAGCAACGAAUCUCACUGACGACGGCCUGGCCCUGAUCUACUGGACCCGGUCCGCAAAGCAACUAAACAUCGACUCCAUGGUCAAGAUGGGCGACUACUACCUCGGGGGCCGCGGCACUCCCCUCGACCGCGAGAAAGCAGCGACGUGCUACCAGACUGCCGCCGAGACAAUGCAGUGCGCGCAAGCGAUGUGGAAUCUCGGCUGGAUGCACGAGAAUGGUAUCGGCGUCGAGCAGGACUUCCACCUUGCAAAGCGCUACUACGAUCUAGCACUUGAAACAAAUCCCCGCGAAGCAUACCUCCCCGUCACACUCGCCCUCUAUAAACUGCGUCUGCGCAGCUGGUGGAAUGAUAUUACUGAUGGCCGCAUCAAAUCCAUCCAGAAUGAGCCAGAAACCCAAAAAGAAGUCUCCUUUUCCGAAUGGCUCCAGAACUUCCUCGACGCAACCGACGCGUGGUAUGACGGCGGCGACGCCGCCUACGAGAAUGAGGUCGAUGACUGGGACGCCCCUGCGACCGACGGCAUGCCUGGUGGCGAAGGCGAAUAUUACGAUGACCUCGACGACGGCAUCCUCGAUACCUUGCUCAUCAUGAGUGUCGUUAUGGCGCUGGGGGCCCUGGUAUAUUGGCGGAAUAGAAGGCAGGCGCAGGGCAUGGAACAGGGGGGCCAUCAUCAGGACGGACACCAACAGCAACAGCAGCAGCAGCAUGCACAGGGCGGAGGGGAUCAUGCAAUGAAUGGUGGUGGUGUUGGUGGUGUUGGUGGUGGGGCCGGUGCAGACGGUGGAGUUGUUGGCGGGCAGCAGCAGCAGCAGGACAGAGGCAUGUUUCCAGACCGCGAUGACCCGAAUUUCAUGGAUUGGGCAGCGGGUGGGAUUGGGCAUUGAGAAGGGGUUUUUUUGGGGUUGUUUCGAGAACAUGACGGGAAAAUUCAAUACCAUUGUUGACGAGCGCAGAGCGAGCGCAUCGUGGGUUUUUAGUAGUAGUUGGGAACAUCACCCCUCCCCAAAGAAUGAAUCGAUAAAACGGAAUCAUAUUUUCAUGUCCG